AAUCACAAUAAUUGUGUCUCCUAUCUUUAAUUUCAUAUCUUGGUCGGUACACUCGAUAUACUGAAGUGAUCUUCCCCUUCAAGUUCAGGCUUUAGUUAAUUACUCGAGCAAAUACUCUAUCUCAGCUCUCCCUGCCAAAAAUCUCUAUAUUUUCAGGGUUAACGUUCAGACAUGCAAUUGCUACCAGCUGGUAUUUAUCCAUCGUAGAUCGACAUAUAGGUGAAAGCAAUGGAAAACCAACCGGGCGAGAGCGUCGCCGUAAGCCUUCCAUCCUCACCAGUGUACCGUUUGGAGAGGUCAGCAGCUACAGCUUCAAUGAGAAAAUUGUGGUCAACAGUUACUUAUGUAAUUAAUCAACUAUGGUCAACCGUUAUUUAUCCAUUUGGACAAUUAUGCUGGAAACUGAUAUCUCUUUCCAGUGGGGAAAUAUAUGAUUAUAUUGUCGACGAGUACUACUGUUCUCUAAGCGUCAUGAUACGCUACAUUUUACUUUGGACUCUAUAUAUAAUUCUUUUACCCAUCACUUUAACAUGGAAACUGCUAACAAGGAAGCCGAUUCUGACUGGCAAUCAGAUAUUUGCAAUAUCAUGUAUUGCAGUGUCGUUGGAUCCUUUCUUCUUUUAUAUUCCAAUCAUCAAUCAGGAAAACAAGUGUCUUGGAGUUGACAAAAAACUGAGGAACACACUUCUUGUGUCGCGAUCACUCACGGAUUUUGCUAGUGUAUUGCAUAUUGUAUCUCAAGUUCGGGAUUGGACCAUCGACCCAAACCCCGACUACCACACCGACACCGAUUCCUACUUUGACUCUGAACUCAGGCCGACAACAUCUCGGUUGCAAAAACUGAUGAAGUCCAUAGUAGAGGCAAUAAAUGGGAGGAUGCCUUGGUUAUCUCUCUCUCUCCUGAUUGAUUUUCUUGCUCUUCUUCCAAUUCCGCAGGUGGCAAUAGUAGUUGUCUUCUUCAAAAUGGGGAGCUCUAAAUUUUUCCUUCAAAGAACGAUUCUCAAUGUCCUUCUAAUAUUUCAAUACAUCCCCAGGAUUUGUCAAAUCUACCUAUCAAGCAAGAAACUAGAAAGGAUUGGAAUAUGGGUUAAAGGUGCAUUCAACUUUUUUCUUUACAUCCUCGCUGGGCAUGUACUUGCAUCUUUUUGGUACUUUUUCUCCAUUCAACGAGAGACAUCAUGUUGGCACCAAACUUGUAGAGAUGUUGUUGGAUGCAUAUCUACUUAUGAAUGCAGUGACAGUACUCCAAAAAAUAUAUCACUUCUAAAUGAAUUGUGCCCUAUAAGUUCACCGAAUGCUGCCGUAUUUGAUUUUGGAAUAUACCUUGAUGUCCUUCAAUCUGGUAACACAGGAUCAAUAGAUUUUCCCAGGAAGUUCUUUUACUCUCUCUGGUGGGGCAUUAGAAAUUUAAGUAAUUUUGGCACAAAUCUCGAAACAAGUAAUUAUGUCUGGGAGAACUGUUUUGCAAUUCUUAUUGGUCUAAUUGGCUUGCUUCUAUUUUUGUAUCUCAUUGGAAAUGUGCAGACAUAUAUACAGUUGGCCACUACAAAGUCAGUGAAGAUUGAAGAGAAAGCUGAGGAAUUAAGACGAUCAAGAAUUAAUAAGAAGUAUCGAGAAAUGAAAAUGUGGAUGUCAAGUAAUGGUCUUCCCAAGCAUUUAAAGAUAGCAAUUAGAGAAUAUAUUAAAAAAUCUAACCUAGCGGAGAAAUACAUAGAUGCUCCAGUGGGUCUGAAAAUUCUAUACGAUUCUGCUACAGAGGAUAGAAGAUAUGAUAUUGCAAACUCUAUGGUCCAAUUUCUAACCGUGAAAGCGCUACAGAAAGUACCCAUGUUUGAGAGUGUCGAUGAAAGGGACUUGGAACAUGCCUGCAGCAUCUUGAACUAUUCGACUCCAUCUAUCUACCCCGAGAAUAGCUACAUUGUUCGAGCGGGUGAACGGUGUGAUCGGGUCAUCUUGAUCAUAGAAGGCGUAAUUGAAUUGACCGACACAACGUCUAACGGUGCUGAAACAACGGGUUCAUCAUCAAUGAUUAUGACCGAGCGUCUUGAGAAAGGUCAGUACUAUGGAGAAGAAGUGUUGAAUUGGGCAUCAUUGAACUAUCAGCUCCCCUAUUGGAAAUGUUGGGACACUCGUCCUAUUUGCACCCGAGAUGUCCAAUGUCGUACCAAAGUCGAAGCCCUCUGUAUCAGGUACAACGGCUUAUCUUUUUUACUACGACGUGUCAGCGAGAGGUACAACUGGAGGCAGAAUAAGUGGGUGAAGCCGACACUUGCCGAUGACAACACUGAUGAGACGACAUUAAACAAGACAAACUUGCAGUCGGCAACUACAGAACUGGAGGAGAUUGAGGAGUCAAAAAAGAUGAAGAUGAAGAUGAAGAACAUGGAAUUAGAUCAAGGUAGAGGAGAGCCAGGAGAAGACAUUGCGGAUACGGGUGCAUCUACAUCCACUACUGUUGAACAGAGACUUGAACAGAUUAUUCAGCUUCAGGGUGACAUGCUUCGCGAGCAGCUGGUUCUAGCCCGACAGAAUCGUGAUGAUAUAGCCACACUGGGACGAAAAUUAGAUGACAUGGCUGUAAUCUUAGCACCUUGAAAAUUAAUUAACAUUUAAUCAUGUUAAUUAUGAUGGACCUGCUGUUAACUUUGAUGAAUC